GUCUCCCCGCGCGAGCUGUGGAGCAGCCAGUCCACGACAAGUUAGCAGGACGUGUGUUGAACUCGUCAGUACGCGCAGUUUACAUGGAUGCUAACUGGAUUUGACAACAUUUGUCGGUCCCUCGCAUGAAAAGUCUGUUCUGUUUGCAGCACUGUUCCCAGCGUAACCAGCCUCGCACUUUGCUAACUGGCAGACGGGAGACUGUGUUGGAAAUGAAAGCUGACAACAACACAGUGAGCGGGAAUCCUGAUUCACCUGGAAAACCUGGAGUAUUAUAUUUACAAGACUUUUUACAAGGCUACCUGCCUACUUUAGUGACCUGCAGAUGGAUAACCAUGGCACAGAUACAUGUCAGGACCAAUCAGGGCUAGUGCGCACAGGCACACACACACGGCCCUGUGAGCUGUGACUGUGACUAUCAAGGAAAUUCCUCAGUCCUCCAGGGUCACCUCCGUGGGCUCUCUAUCUGGCCAUUUGUACAGCUGCACAAGCUUCUGUUUCUACAACACACACACACAGAGCACACUCUGUAUGGACAUGUUGUCUUAGUCACUCAAGAGGUCACUGGAAGCUGAAGUCAUUAUUUGCCCCAGCGCAGGCCUAUGACCAUGAUAGUGCACUGAAAUUGAGAGAGAAGCUUGGGACUGUUAUGUAGCAUGACCUGAAGUGGAUCGCUCUCAUCAUCUAAAGCUGCAGCAAAACAAAGGCUAAAGCAGAACGUUCCAGGGACACGAGAUGUCUACUGAGGAAAAUCAGACACAGGUCGAGGCUGUAGUUCUGGCUCAGCGUGCUACACCCCCAUCCACUGGGAGCAGACCCAGCAGAGAGGCGAGACACGCAAGUGACAGCCAGGAAGUGCGGCAACACUUGGACCAACUGUGGCAUUCAAAACAGCGGAGCAGCCCUUCCCUCCUCUUGUAUAGGAAGUUGCCAUGUGACAGUGGGAAAGUGGCAAUUUUGGACGAGGGAUACGAGUGUUUGGAGUACAGAUCAAAACUCUCGAGUGCUGCGGAGAAACUUUAUCCAGAGCUGAAGGCUGGCAAGAGAAUUGAUGGAAUAACUAACACAGCUAUGCCGAUACCUGGGAAAAGUUCAGAGGGAUCUCCGUGCCAGCUGGACACCCCUGGGGAGGGCGUGGAUGCAGGCAGAAACAGAACUGGCAGCGCCCGCUGCUCCUGCACUCUGUCUAGCCUUUACACAAGUCCAAACAUCUAUUGUUGCCACAGCUCCGGAUCCAGUCCGAGCCCCAGCUCCAGCCCUGUUCACAGUCGUCGCCUCUGCCCCAGCCCCUCGCAACCCAACCAGAGACACAUUCGCCGCAGCAGCCUGCCUGUGUCUAUGCUGGCUUUCCACAAGAUAUCACCCUGCCUCUCACCCCACUGCAGUCCAUCCAGUGAACCGAGCUCUGUGGUGUCCUCUCCCUGUAAUUCCCCCCUUCCCAAGCACCGCCAGCAUCAGCAGAAUGGACACAUUCACCGGCGCCAUCUCAAAGAUGGCUACUCAAGUUUAGAGAGGCUCAACAGGAGGCCCAGGGUUGACAAAUACUCCUUGGAGAAACUGUUUCUGAGACGAGCAUCUCUAGAAAGUAUGAGGACAAACCUGAGGCAUGAUGAGACGUCAUCCUCAGGAGUGACCAGGAACUGCAGCGAGGACAGCAGCAGUGAUGACGGGGAUGGGGAGGGGCUCUUAGAUAACACAGAGUUUAUUAGGAACCGUAAAGAGCGGUCCACUGUCCUGGUGAGGCGCUUCUACAAGAAUAAUCAAAAGAUGACCAAGUCAGUGUGUACUGGAACCAGAGCGAUUGUCAAGACGCUGCCGUCAGGACACAUCUCAGAGGAGGUCUGGGAGGUGGUUGUUAAUCACAGGAUAUGGCAACCCAGCAAGAAGGAUGUGUGGCCAAUCGUAAUGCGUGGUAUGGGAGAAGAAUUCAGAGCCUGCGGGGAGAUACUGCGUUAUGUUGGAGUAAAGCUACAGCUGGUUAACAACUAUGUGCAGGACAGAGAGGAACUCCACCUGAUUCAUCCUGCCAAAAAGCUCCUGCUGUCUUGCCCUGGAUGUGUGUGUCUCAGGGAGUCUCAUCGGCCGUUGCACCCUCUCAGCACCAGCCCAGACAGACCGGGCCUGAACCCCUGUCUCAAGUCUGGAUGUUGUCACCCUUCUCACUCACCUAGGUUUUAUCUUGCCUGUGGCCAGCGGACGUCGGCGUGUUCGCUUCUGACCGGAGCUCUGCUUGAGGCCACAGCAGCUCUCGGUGCCCGCUCCGCUCUGCCCUACCCUUUGCCCCAGGCCCCCAACAGCCACGCUGUGCUGAAAGAGCGUCAGCUGGCCAACAGUAUGACCAGCGCAGGCUCUCUUCCUCCCAGUGUCAGUGGGAUCAGUAAGGAGCUGGCUGAGGUGCGCCACCUUGUUCAGUUCCCCGAGGAGAUCGCCUGUAUCCUCACUGAACAGGAGCAGCAGCUUUACCAGCGGGUCUUUCCCUUGGACUACCUCUCUUUCCUCACUCGAGACCUCGGCAGUCCCGAGUGUCAAACCAAACGACAUCUGAACCUCAAGGCCUCUCUUUCAGUGCCUGCCAUGCCUACCCAGAGUGCUCAGCGAAGUAACGCUGUGGAGGAUCUGGUGGCGCGCUUCAAUGAGGUGAGUUCGUGGGUGACGUGGUUGGUCCUGACAGCAGGGUCCAUGGAGGAGAAGAGAGAAGUUUUCUCCUACCUGGUCCAUGUCGCUAAAUGCUGUUGGAACAUGGGAAACUACAACGGUGUCAUGGAGUUCCUGGCUGGACUCAGGUCCCGCAAGGUGCUGAAGAUGUGGCAGUUUAUGGAUCAGUCAGACAUCGAGACCAUGAGGAGCUUAAAGGACGCCAUGGCUCAGCACGAGUCUUCCUCUGAGUACAAGAAGGUUGUGACCAGAGCGCUCAAUAUUCCAGGAUGCAAGGUGGUGCCAUUCUGUGGGGUUUUUCUGAAGGAGCUGAGUGACGCGUUGGAUGGGACAGCGAGCAUCAUCAGCCUCAAACCACCUGUAGAUAAUCCAGAGGACUCAAUAGAGUUUGUGUCCGAUUACAGCGGCCAGCACAACUUCAUGUCGCGGUCUGGUCCAGAUGGACUACACGUCCCAGAGAAAGAAGCUACUGUCAGCAACAUCCUCCAGAUUAUCAGAUCUUGUAAUCGUAGUUUGGAGGCAGAGGAUCCUGAUGAGACAUCUACCAGUCCUUCUUCUACUGGCCCAUCCCCUGCGUCCAGAAACAACUCCUUCAGGGACCGCUGCCGCAAUCAUUCCCAUUCAACUAAGACACUGCCAGAAUCAAACCGUGUCUUAUUCAUGGUGGGGGAUUUGUCGGAUUCCGAGGGCGACUUGUCGUCUGAGCCGGUGGUGAAAGAGGUGGAGUUUCAGGGGACUGAGGAGACGCACAGAGCUUUCAGCCAUGGCACUGAGCUCAUUCCCUGGUACGUGUUGUCGCUACAACCAGAUGUACACCAGUUUUUGCUGCAGGGAGCUACAGUCAUCCACUACGACCAGGACAGCCACCUCACUGCUCGCUGUCUGCUGCGACUACAGCCUGACAACACAACGCUCACCUGGGGUAAGCCUCAGAGCGGAGGGGCUUCCCCCACAGAGCAACCACUGGGAUUAGGACAGACUGUGGUGGCAGGACUAGCAGAGGGCCUUCUGGACCUGGGAGUGGUGAAGGCGGUGUUCCUGGGUCAUCAGGGAGUGGACGUCCACGCUGUGUGUUUGCAGAACAAGCUGAGCCAGCUGACAGUGGAGGAGAACGGUCUCAGUCUCCUCUAUGGCCUCAGCACCACUGACAACAGACUCCUGCACUUUGUGGCCCCGAACCACACGGCACGGAUGCUCCAUAAGGGCCUGUCUGAGUUGGUGAAUGCAACCAGAAAAUUAAAGAAGUUCCCUGACCAGAGGUUGCAGUGGCUGAGGAAGCAGUAUGUCAGCUUGUAUCAGGAGGAUGGCAGGUACGAAGGCCCCACACUAGCUCAUGCCAUUGAGCUGUUUGGUGGGCGGAGGUGGAACAUGGGCACAGGUGGAGUGGAGAAACCUGCCGCCCAGAAAAACAGCCCUCUGAGCAUCAACGAUAAGACCAAGAAGAAGAAGAAGGUCCUCGUCAGGGGAGACAGUGGGGACGCCACGGAUGAUGAGAUGUUCUCCAGGAAAACACGGAGCUGUAAGGAGGGACUGUAUCGAAACGGACCGGAGUCUGACAGCAUUGACCAAGAAGAUCCAGAGGACAGCUUCCCUGGACCAUUCUCCCUCUCAUCCAGUAAAAGCCCUGGAUUGCUCGCCUCUUCUUCCUCCUCCUCCUCUUCCUCCAGCAUGGCAGGGUCCAACCAUUCUCGCCCGCAAUCCUCUCCCAUCCUCUCCGGAACUGUUAAGUCACAGCCAGGGGCGUGGAGCAGCAGGUCGUGGCACGGUCGUGGGAAAAGCUGCCUCAAAGGCUUCCAGAAUCUCAUGAUUUCUGACAGCACGAUGAGCUUCAUUGAGUUCGUUGAGCUCUUCAAGUCAUUCAGCAUCCGUAGCAGGAAGGACCUGAAGGAACUGUUUGACACCUUCGCUGUCCCCUGCAGUCGUUCAAGUCCAGAGUCGGCUCCUCUCUACACCAAUCUCAGCAUAGACGACAAAGACACGGGGCUACAGCCAGACCUCGAUCUAUUAACCCGCAACGGUUCUGAUCUUGGCCUGUUCAUCCGGACGAGGCAGCAGAUGUCUGAUAACCAGAGGCAGAUCUCAGAUGCCAUCGCAGCAGCCAGCAUCGUGACCAACGGGACUGGAGUGGAAAACGCCUCACUUGGCGUUUUGGGAUUGGCUAUCCCUCAACUUAACGACUUUCUAGUCAACUGUCAGAGAGAGCACCUGAGCUACGACGAGAUCCUCACCAUUAUACAGAAAUUUGAGCCAUCAUCAAGCAUGAGGCAGAUGGGUUGGAUGUCAUUUGAAGGCUUUGCAAGGUUCCUGAUGGAUAAGGAGAACUUUGCUUCCCGUAAUGAGGAAUCCCUGAUAACCCCGGAGGAGCUGCAGUACCCUCUGUCCUACUACUACAUCGAGUCUUCUCAUAACACCUAUCUGACUGGACACCAGCUCAAAGGAGAGUCUUCUGUUGAGCUGUACAGUCAGGUGCUGCUGCAAGGCUGCAGGAGCGUCGAGUUGGACUGUUGGGACGGAGAUGAUGGCAUGCCGGUUAUUUAUCACGGACACACGCUCACCACUAAGAUACCCUUCAAGGACGUGGUGGAAGCAGUAAACCGGUCUGCGUUUGUCAAUUCGGACAUGCCUGUCAUCCUGUCCAUUGAGAACCACUGCUCCCUUCCACAGCAACGCAAGAUGGCUGAAAUCUUCAAGACCGUGAUUGGGGAACGUCUUGUGACACGCUUCCUCUUUGAAAGCGACUUCAGCGACGACCCUCACCUGCCGUCUCCGCUGCAGCUGCGGGGGAAGAUCCUCCUCAAGAACAAGAAGCUCAAAGCGCACCAGGCACCGGUGGACAUCCUCAAACAAAAGGCUCACCAGCUGGCCCACAUGCAGGCCCAGGCCAGCAAUGGGUCACCAGGGGUUACUUCGCCUAGCAACCACACCAAUGAAGAAGAGGAAGAAGAAGAAGACGAGUACGACUACGACUAUGAGUCUCUAUCAGAUGCUGACGUCCUCACAGCCUCUACUGCCUCGUAUGGCCUGGAAGAUAACAUCCUGGAUGACAAGCCAGAGGGGAAGAGCUCAGCAGAUAAAGAAGAGCAACCUGUUGAUGAAAUACCGAAGAGGAUGAAGAAGUCUGAUAGCACCACGCAGAGCAAGGGAAAGGUGUUUGACAUGGAGCUGGGCGAGGAGUUUUACCUCCCUCAGAACAAGAAGGAGAGUCGACAGAUUGCCCAGGAGCUGUCUGACCUCGUCAUCUACUGCCAGGCUGUGAAAUUCCCCGGCCUGUCCACGCUGUCUCCAGCCGGCUCUGGCAGAGGGAAGGACCGAGGAAAGAGCAGGAAGUCCAUAUUUGGCACGGCUCCUGCUCGCUGCAGCACAACAGGGGAGGUCACGACCCAGAGCCGCACCCCUGGGAAAGGUGGUGCUGAGCGGCUGAGCUGGGAGGAGCAGCAGACGUCUCCCGUCCUCAACCCACCCACCUCUCUCAGCGCCAUCAUCCGCACACCCAAGUGCUACCACAUCUCCUCGGUCAACGAGAACGCCGCCAAGCGCCUGUGCCGGCGGUACUCUCAGAAGCUGAUCCAGCACACCGUGUGCCAGCUGCUCAGGACAUACCCAGCAGCCACCAGGAUCGACUCAACAAACCCCAACCCUCUGCUCUUCUGGCUGCACGGCAUCCAGCUGGUGGCUCUCAACUACCAGACUGAUGAUUUGCCCAUGCAGUUGAACACAGCUCUGUUUGAGGCCAACGGCGGCUGUGGCUAUGUCCUGAAGCCGGCGGUGCUGUGGGACCGCAGCUGUCCGCUCUAUCAGCAGUUCUGUCCGAUGGAGAGGGACGUGGAGAAAAUGAGCCCCGCCGUCUAUUCCCUCACUAUUGUCUCCGGGCAGAACGUUUGUCCCGGUAACAGCGCUGGCAGCCCCUGCAUUGAGGUGGAUGUUCUGGGCAUGCCCAUUGACAGCUGCCACUUCCGCACCAAACCCAUCCACCGCAACACCCUCAACCCCAUGUGGAGCGAGCACUUCCAGUUCACCGUGCACUUUGAAGAGAUGUGUUUCUUACGCUUUGCUGUGGUGGAGAACAACAGCUCCCAGACUACUGCUCAGAGGACUCUGCCUCUGAAGGCCCUCAAGCCAGGUUACAGACAUGUCCAGUUAAGGACACAACAUAAUGAACCUCUGGAGGUAUCAAGUCUGUUCAUCUUCAGCCGCAGAACAGAGGAAUGUCCCACAGGGGGCGCUAUUCCCUCAUCACUGCUGUUCAGUUCAGAGGAGAAACGUGCGUCACUGCAGAACAAGGUGACGGUGUACGGAGCCCCUGGUCCUGAGCUCUUCACCGUGUUUGGUGUUACAGAACAGACGACCGCCAAGCAGCUGCUGGACACGGUUGUAGCAUCCACGGGAAACCCGUCGGAGUACUUCCUGUGCGAGGAGAAGGUCCCUCUGCUGAAGGAGCGCAGCGAGAUGAAGCGCUGUGCUCAGCACCGUCCUCUAGCGCCCGAGGAGGAGGUGGUCAGACUGGUGUCCAGCUGGAACUCUGAGGAGGGAUACGUGGGGAGGAUCUGCCUCAAGACGAGAGAGGAGAACUUAAAUGAGAGGAACUCGGUGCCAGAGGGAGAGGAGGAGGUGACUGUGGGAGGUAGAGAAGGAGCAGGAGGUGGAGGAGGAGGAGGGGGAGGAGGAGGAGCAGCAGAGGACGACAUGUUCUUUGUCCAGGUCCAUGAAGUUUCACCAGAACAGCCUCACACUGUGAUCAAGGCCCCGCGCUACAGCACUGCUCAGGACAUCAUACAGCAGACUUUGUCAAAGGCCAAGUAUUCCUGCAGCAUCCUAUCCAAUCCCAAUCCAUGUGACUACGUCCUGAUGGAGGAAGUGACCAAGGACUCCGGAUCUAAGAAGACCUCUGCCGCCAAGCCCCUGCAGCGGGUGCUGCUGGAUCACGAGUGUGUCUUCCAAGCUCAGAGCCGCUGGCGAGGAGCGGGAAAGUUCAUUCUAAAACUCAAGGAGCAGGUGGUGCGGGAAGACAAAAAGAAAGUAAUUUCCUUUGCCAGCGAGCUCAAGAAGCUGACCAGUCGCAGCCGCAGCAUGACGACUGGCGGUGGAGUAGACGGUCCCGCGCAGAGGUAUCUGUCUGCAGCUGCAGGGCUGAAGGCGUGGGUAGCAGAGGGCAGGGUGGGUGCAGGAAGGUUCCUACAGGCCUCCUCUUCCUCGUCUUCAUCCUUUGGAGGGCAACUCCAACCUGUCCAACUACCCACCUCCUCUCUGACCCCCCAAGCCUGGAAGCUUCACCUCCUCAGGAACUGGAAGAUCCACAAAUGAAGUCCGGAGAGAGAGACACUUGGGUUGACCACUUCUAAACUUGGAGGAUUCAUCUUUCCUAAAGAAAGGCGAGAUGUCCCGAUACAUUGUGGAAAUCUGCGAGACGAUAUCCCGCCUUGUGUUAGUUGAGCAAGCGGGGGACAUGAUUGAACGGGUUAGGUGACAGAUGCUCAGCCCCUUUGCUUUGUCGAAUGCAUCACUUUAGAGCAGUGAUGGUCAUGUGGGGGCAGGCAGCACUGGCUCCUCGUGGUUUAUUGGUUGUAGUGUGGCUCUACAGAGAGUCCAGAGUACCAGGGGCAGCUGCUGUUAUUGAGGUCAUUGAGUAUGUGAUCAGGAAAAGCUGACAAGUGUUCCUUUUCUUACCAAUAUAAAGGAAGACUUCCCUGAGUCACAUUCAAACACAGUUUUUUUAUCUCCCAAAUAUUACACCAUGAGACAAAAAGGAGGGCUGCAAAAUGGCCUCUGGAUUGAAUGAGUUUAAGGAACCACAGUUCUUUUAAGAGUUAAUCAAGUGUCCUACCACAAGCUACAGUAUCAUGUAUUUGGUUUAUAAACUAUCCCCCCUUUCUGGUAUCGCACAAUGAUAGCACACAGCAGACGGAGUGAGAUCUGCUUGUAAAAACUGAAGGAGAGAUGUAGGAGAGUACGAGGGGCCUGACGAGGUGAAACAGUAUUCUUCUCUUUCUCAGGUAUGGGCUCUUUAUUUGUCUGAGGGCAUUGUGAAGGAGGCUGACAAGCUGGCUUGUUUGGUUCUUUUCUUACUGUUCCACUUUCACAGUACUGUAAGGGCACAUUUGGGGCAUCGCUCACAGAAAGACAUGACAACGUGCUGACACGAAAUAUUCACGUGUUCUGUAAAGGGAGCAGCAAUGCUUCUGGCGGUUUCUUGGACACUACUGUCGCUGCCCUAAAGGUGACGAUACAUGGACAGCAUUUUGAGGCGGUGAAGCUGUGCAAUAGAGGCAAAUGUGGAGCAGCUUUUGAUGACUGUGUUGAUAAAGUUGCCCUUACAUGUUGCCUGAAAGGUGCAGUGUGUAGGAUUUAGGGAGAUCUAUCCGCAGAAAUUAAAUGUAAUCAUAACUAUGUUCUCGAUGUUCUCAAUGAGGCCGUCAUAUAUACACAGGCAAUUGGUUCUCUUCAGUGGAGCCCGCCAUGUUUCUACAGUAGCCCAGAACGGACAAACCAAACACUGGCUCUAGAGACAGCCUUUAGCAUUUUCAUGUUACCUGGAGGCCACCAUAUGGAAGGGUUGAGGGGUAUUCAGUUGGUUGCAAUCUGCAAUCUCACCAUUAGAUGGCAUUAGAUCCUACACACUGCACCUGUAAAAUGUUGCAUUACUGCCCUCAACUUCUGGUCGUUUUGUGGCUCUGAGGACGAUAAGUGGCUCGUUUCACAAAGUAUUUUAAUUCUGUCAUCACCUAAUUAUGUCAACAGGCAUCUUAUCUGGCCAGAUAAAUAUAUAUUGAUAUAUUGAUGGUAACGUUUAUCGAGGAAUGCUACUUAUAACUGGGGCAGGGUUUGAAAUAUUACCAAAACCUUCAAUGGCUUCUGUUGAAAAAUUUAAAAAAAUUUGUCUAUAAAACCUUUUCGUUUGUUUAAAGGUGCUAUAUGUAACUCUGGAGAAAAAUAAAUGGUUACUGAGUCUCAUUUGUAGGUAGUCACAUACUGACAUUUUGGAAUAGUGGUUCGAUCAAAUUACCAACCCAAAGCGACAAAAAUUUAUGACCUACGAAUGAGACCCAACAUUUAUCCUUCUCCAGAGUCACAUACAGCACCAGAAGGAAAAGAAGUUUUCAGAGGUUAAAUUGUCUAAACAGAAGUGGCUGUAAAAAACCUUCACCAAAAUAAAAUACUGCCUAAAAUUGGCAAAGUGAUCAUUUGAAUUCAAAGUUAUCUGAUAGAAAAUUAAAAAUCUGACCAGACUUUUAAUUCCAGGCUCCUAGUUCUAAUGUUUGUAAUGUUAGCAAGCAAUAUUGGCUAAAUUGAAAAUUGUAAACCUGUUGACCUCAGUGCAAAAAGCACUUCACGGGCAACAAAAAAAAUACCUAAAACUCCUUUAUUUAAAUGGAACAAUGAUGAUUUCAGCACUAAGAUCCUUUGGAGAAACAGCCCCGUCUUCUCCAAACAGCAUUUUGCACAUUUUGUUUUUCCUUUUUCUGUCAGUAUCUUCAGUGUUUAUGUGUUAGAUUGUUCUGAGAUGGUCGAUAGUGAUUUUAUUAUGAUCAUCAUAUUUAUUACUUUUCAUUUUGGCCCUGUUGCGUAUUUAGUUCUAAGUAAAGCACAAGAUAAAUGUUUGGAUUGUUUUGAAAACUCUUUGUCAAACUAAUUUGGGUCUGUAGUCUGAGCCCAAACAUGAAAUUGCCCACAGGAAAAUACUCUUAAAAAUAGAAUGGAUUGCAUUUCAAUUUAGUUUAUUGACUUAAAUUUACUGUCCUUGAUAUUGAAUGUAGAUGAGUAGUAUUGAUUGAUUGUCAAUGAUUGUAGACUUUUCUUUAUUUCCACUUACUACUCGUUUAUUCUUCUUUCAGAAUUUACUAAAACUUGAUUGAUUUGGGGCCAUUUUUCCCCCUUUUUCUGUUUUAAUGUGUAACAUUUCCAUAUUAUUAAAGUGUUGAUUAGUUUUAGAUUAUUUAAUUUGGCAUUUCAAUUAUUAAUACAAAGAUCCUCCCUUUAGUGUAGUCAUGCUGAUCCCUGAGGAGCUCACUAAGAUGUUUAAAUCUACACUUAAACAUUUUAUGUCGUUUGCUCAUGAAUGGUGACGUAACGACAAGAAAAGACCUAAAAGACCUUACCUUACAGUCCCUCACCGUCUGAUGGACUCCCAUGGUACCUUAUAUCUAAAAAAAAUAUGUACGGCACUUAAUGGUAAGAGACAGUUAUCUGAUCCUGUUUGAAUUGUGCUGUGAUUUUGUCUUUUUUUUUUUUUACUUACAAAUUAUCUGACAGUGACAAAUAUGAUAUAUGAAAUUCAUCACACAAUUCAAACAGGUUCAAAACAUGAUUUCUCCCUCACCAUUUACUCCCAUAUAUACGUUUUCUGACAUAAAGUCCCAUGGUGGUCCACUGGGUGGGGAGGGACUUCACUUUAUUGAGACAAAAUGACAAUUUUCUGAAUAAUUCUGAAAAAUUACACUGGUAUAAAAAUUUAAAUUUGCCCAUUGUUAAAGGGAAACUUAGGUAUUUUUUCAACCUGGACCCAAUUUCCUUGUGUUUUUGUGUCUAGUGGAGACAACGGUUUUUGACAUUGGUCUAGUAUUGAGAGAGACCGCAGUGUAAUCCCUACAGGCAAUAGUAUACCGCCAAUGUACAUCCAUUUUUAGUGCUUGUUUUUGCCAUUGACGGGCUCAGAUUGUUAAUUGAAAUCUGACAAUAUUAUGGAAAAGAGAAAUGGAACAUUUUUCUUAACUUUCUCUCCAUAUUCUGUCUCAAUAUCGGACUAAUUUCAAAAGUGGUCUCAAUCAGUCACUUAGACAUGGGAAAAUAGUAGAGUUCGGAAUCCACAAUACGAUAAUAUCACAAUGCUUAAGUCAUGAUUCAAUAUUAUUGCGAUAAAAUAUAUUACGAUUUAUUACCUUUUUUCAACUGUAAAUUGUGUCCCUAAAGGAACAUCUGUCAACAUCCGUUUUAUCUAAUGAGAUAAAGUUUAAAUGAUAGUCUUUUUUUUUUUUUUUGUAUUUGUAAAAAAGUCAGUAUCUGGCACUGUGUGACGAUACGAUAUUGCCACACAAAAAUACUACGCUGUAUCGAUUGUUUCCCCACUCCUAGAAAAUAGGAUCAAGGUUUAAUAGUAUCAAAGUUUCCCUUUAACCCACAUUCCAACAUAAAACUUCAGAUGUAAGAGGAGCUUUCCAAAACCUGCAAGCAGUGAAAACACAAGUAAAGACACCAAGUAUAAUUUUAUUUAAAAAGGUCAAUGUGUGUCCUUUUACUUUGAUUUGUCUUUAAGUAAAACUUUGCUCAGUGCCAAGUAAUGAUGUUUGAAUUUUAGUGCAAUAGUGAAGUUCUGUCUUCGACCUUUUAGGUUUUUGUUCUACUUCUUGUUUUUAACUCUUAUUUGUUAUCUUCACACAAAAAGCUCUCGUCAGUGGUAAGAAGGACGAUCUUUUAGCAUAGUUACAAUUAAUGUAGAUUAGAUUGUGAUCCAAGAAACCACGACUCUAAACUGGUGGUAACUUCAAACUAUCACGCUGGAUAUCAGCUGAUGUAACUACGUGAAAUCCACACCGACUUUAAGCAGAAAGGGACAUUUCCUGUUAAGCUGUAAAUCUAUAAUCAGUGAUGCAGAGCUGCGUUCCUUGUUUUCCUUCUUUCUAACCUGUAGACCUCAUUUCUGAAUGUAACAUUUCUUAACGUGUUGAACCUGAGACAAAUGUGUGUUUGGAUGUUAUUUAUUUCAAUGUGAAGCCCUGGUUGGCAAUUAUCUGUUGUUGUUUAUGUAUAAUUUCCUGUAAGUAGUGUUUUGUUUUUUUUUUAAUUUAUUUCAAUAUGUGAGAGGAUAAACUGCCCUGACUUUACUCAAACUAAUUUAGAGACGUAAAGAAAAUAUUUUACUUUAUGUGUAAAAUAUUCAGUAUAGUAUUCAUAUUCCUGGCAUGUUAUUCUGCAGCACACAGCAGCAUCUUUUAAUGCCUUUUAUUUUGUGAGUUUGUAGAAAUCUGGACAAAAGCUGACAGUUUGAAACUUUGUUCUUUUUUUUUUUUUAAGAUUUUGGUGUAUUCGCUAUAUCCGCUGAAUAUGACAUAUGUUUGCUGACUGUGGGCUGUGUUUCAUCUUUAGUGCUCUGUUGUUUCCAUAAGAUGUGCAGUAUACCCAUUAACAUCCACUAUGUGUUAUGAUGUGGCUGUCAAGUGAACAUUUGUGUAUUUACUUGAAUUUUUAAAUGGAUGAGAAUUGGUGGAUUUGUCUUAUACCACAAUCACAAUAAAAAUAAGAA